UUGGCUCCUCUGACUGACUGGUUAGCUACAGUAGCUAUAUACUUUUACCCCAAAACAAUGAAAUACCUAACGUAGUGAAAUACAUUUCGUUUCCUGGACAAAAUGACGUGGAGAAAUAUCGACCCUUUGUCACUUGAUGAGACCAUUGAUGAAGGGAAAGAGGAGAAGGAUGUGGAGAAGAGAAGAGCCUCGGUGUGGGAACAUCAGGAGCUAGCCCAGAUUCCCAUCAAGGUGCUGAGGGGUCACACAGAUGCUGUCACUGGCUGCCACUUCUGCUUUGACGACACCAAAGUCCUGACCAGUUCCCACGACAAGACGGCCACUCUGUGGGACACGGAGAGUGGCGCCGCGCUGUUGGUGUUUGAGAGAGGACAUCUGUCCAACAUCUCUGAAUGUGCCUUGAUCCCUGACAAGAAAAGGCUGAUUACUGCAUCGUGGGACAAGACCCUAAAUGCAUGGGACCUGGAAACGGGCAAGAUCAUUUGGACUGCAGCUCAGGCUGGGCUCCUGACCUCAUGUAGCGUCUCAGAGGACAGGAAGUACGUAGUCUCGUCCUCCGACCUGGAGAAUGCAAUCUGCCUGACCUCAGCUGACACAGGGGAGAGGCUCUUCCACAUCAAAGAUCACCACAAGUCUACGAUCACGCGGUGCCGGUUUGAUCCUCAGAGUCAGCACGUAGCCAGUGUCUCUGAAGACAGAACCAUCAAACUGUGGGACCUGGUCUCCACCCAAACCACCCUCUCCAUCAACAGCGCCCACACCAACGUCAUCUCGAACUGCUGUUUCACUGCUAACGGACGCUACUUGUGCACUGCAUCAUGGGACAAGACUCUGCAGCUGUGGGACAUCCAGACAGGAGCAUUCCGUUCCCACGGUGGCCUGACCCUUAGCAAGGGACACGACGGAUCCGUCAGCUCCUGCACCUUCUCUGUGGACGGGUCAGUCCUUGUGUCAGGGGCGUAUGACAGAACAGUGGCUGUGUGGAACAUGGAGACCCUCUGCAAGACCCUGGAGUUGAAGGGACAUGCAGAUUGGGUGACAGAUGUGGCAAUCAGUGCUGACAAAAAAUGGGUGGCCUCAGCUUCCAAGGACACCACUGUCAGGUUGUGGAAUAUAGAACACUCUGAAGAGAUACCUGCCGUUAUUGAGACCAGGAAGGCUCAGGGAAUGGGCUAUCAUAUCCUCCAGUGUGAGGAGUGUGGAAAGGCUUUCUCCAUUUCUCGACUGGAGAACUCCGACUUGGUCACAAAGUGUGUGUUCUGCCGAUUGAAGACAGAAACCAGAUCCUAUCUUCAACCACCUCCUCUGUUGUCUAGUGUUCUGCCGAUUGAAGACAGAAACCAGAUCCCAUCUUCAACCUCCUCCUCUAUUGUCUAGUGUUCUGCCGAUUGAAGACAGAAA